CAACUUUCUCAGCACUCAACAGCAGCAGCAACCAAAGAGUGAACCAAUAAAACAAUGCAAUCUCUACAGCAAAAGGCUUCGGAAUGGAGUGGGGUUGACCCGAAUGAUGCAUUCGCCAUUGAUGAAACCAAUCUCUUUGAAAAGCUUGGCCUUCAGACUUUCAUCAAUUUAUCUACCAAUUUCUAUAACAGGGUCUAUGAUGAUGAGGAAGAGUGGUUUCGUUCAAUUUUCUCUAAUUCAAGUAAAGAAGACGCCAUUAGGAAUCAAUAUGAGUUCUUUGUACAAAGAAUGGGAGGGCCUCCUUUGUACUCACAGAGAAAAGGGCAUCCAGCGUUGAUUGGUCGCCACCGUCCAUUUCCAGUCACUCAUAAGGCUGCAGAGAGAUGGUUACACCAUAUGCAACUAGCACUGGACAGUGUUACAGACAUUGAUGAAGAUUCCAAAACUAAAAUGAUGAACUUUUUCAGGCACACGGCAUUCUUUCUGGUAGCUGGAGAUGAGUUGAAGAAUCCAAACCAGGGUGUUGCAUGCAAGCAUGCUACCAACAAGCCAGCUGCAGCAUAAACUUAUACCAAAAUUCAUCAAAGAAUUAACAAUAAUGUACACUGAAUAUUUUCCUUAUGAUCAUUCAAUCAAUCAAAUCUGAGAAUCUAUGAUCUCAAUUAUUGAGCCUA